AUGUACGAGCUGGCCCACGCGCUGCGCCGCAACACCAGCGAGCUCCUCUGGCUCGCCUGCGUCGCGCUCACCGACCAGUUCGUCCACAACCGCAUCACCAACGAGCGGUACCAGGCGGCGGUCAUGGAGCUGGAGCAGCACGUCAACGGCUCGGGCAACCUCGACCCGUCGGGCGCCGGCGCGGUCGUCACGCUCAAGGACGGCACCAAGGUCCGCGCGCCCGAGGCGUCCCGCAUCGCUUACGAGGACGAGCCGCGGCUCAUGCUGCUGCGGGAGUGGAGCCUCUUCGACUCCAUGCUCUGCUCCUCCUACGUCGCCACCAAGCUCAGGACGUGGACCGACAACGGCCUCAAGAAGCUCAAGCUGCUGCUCGCCAGGAUGGGGUUCCCGCUCGCCGACUGCCAGAAGAGCUUCCAGUACAUGAGCAUGGAGGUCAAGCGCAAGAUCCGGACGGACGUUGUGUAUGGUGUCACGGCGUUGCUUGAAUCGCUGAAUGCCGAGUCCAAGGGCUCAAAGGAGUCCUCUGCUGCCGAGCAGUUUUGGGCUGCAUACUCAGCAUUGUCGCUGAGCAAUGUUGAUCAGUUGCAGAAAGGGAUGCAGUCUGCAAUUGAGACUCAGAGGGCGAUUUUGAGGCAAAGAAGCUCGGCCAUUACUAAGACAGGGUUUAUACGGAGUGCCAAGAAGUUCCGGUGGGUCAAGCUUGAUGACCCUGUGGACACUAUCAAGCUUUGCCACCCACAGGCGCUUACCAAGUUCUGCUUCUUUCUGAUGGAUGCGCUGAAGGAAAGAGGUGCAAGGAUGAAGCCGCUAAUCUGUUCUUGCUUAGCAAAGGAGCCUGAGAAGGUACUGGUUGUUAGUAUGUGGAAAACCAAGGCUUGGGGCUGCUCAGGGUAA